UAGUACGAAACUGCGCCGUUUUGGCCGUGAGCAGCGACUUUCUUGCUCAAGGUACUCAAGGGGUCAAUCAGGGGUCAAUGUUCACGAUGUUCACUGUACUUUAUGUUCUUUAGUUAAUGGUUUUGGUUCCAUGUACUUUCGGCAGGUUCUUACGGUAACCACGGUCACUUGUCUAAAGUUGCGCUGUGGAAGCGCUUGUGGCAGGCAGUGAAAUUUUGUUUGAGGGGCGAUUGUAACGUUUUUCGUGUUGAUUCUGCCAUUGUUCUACUCAACGGGGCUCGUGUGAGCAUGGCGGCAAGUGAUGACGCUUUUGACCAGUUUGACGAUGACCUCGCAGAAGGGGCCGAAGUACAAGCUGGGGACAGGCGCAAAAGACUGUUUUCGAAGGAAUUGAGGUGCAUGAUGUACGGGUUCGGAGACGACCAAAAUCCGUACACGGAGUCUGUGGACCUCCUGGAAGACCUUGUAAUCGAGUUCAUUAUUGAAAUGACACACAAAGCAAUGGAGAUUGGGCGGACAGGCCGUGUUCAAGUGGAGGACAUAGUAUUUCUAGUGCGUAAGGACCCUCGAAAAUAUGCACGUGUUAAGGACCUUCUAACCAUGAAUGAGGAACUGAAGAAGGCUAGAAAAGCAUUCGAUGAAGUGAAAUAUGCGUCAGUAUAGCCUUCUUUCAUUAUUCUGUUACUUCAGUCAUUGUAGCAACUGAUGUGUGACCUAACAUGGAAAAAAAGAAGACAUUUCAACAUCACUUCCGUAUUGGGACAUUGUAAAGUUUCAUUACCUGAAAACAAUAGCAAGCUUGAAAAAGCCGUA